CUUUAUUAUGGAAAGUGUUUUUUGUUUUUUAAAUCUUUUUCUUACAUCAUUAUACACAUUAUUUAAAGAAUGUCAACUGAGUCCGUCAUUCUUGUCACUGGUGGUUCUGGCCUCGUUGGUGAAGCUAUCAAGUACGUUAUUGAACACGAAACUGAUGAGCGUUUUGGUAAAAAGGAAAAUGAAAAAUGGAUUUUCUUGUCAUCUAAAGAUGGUGACUUGAGAAAAGAAGCAGAUGUAAAGGCCAUUUUUGACAAGUAUAAGCCAACUCAUGUCAUUCACUUGGCUGCCAUGGUCGGUGGUUUAUUCAAGAAUAUGAAAUACAAGCUCGACUUUUUACGUGAAAAUAUGCUCAUUAAUGAUAAUGUCUUGUGGCAAUCAAAGGAGCAUAACGUUAAAAAACUUGUUUCUUGUCUCUCUACAUGUAUUUUCCCUGAUAAGACGACUUAUCCCAUUGAUGAAACUAUGGUUCAUAAUGGUCCUCCCCAUUUCUCUAACUUUGGUUAUGCCCACGGAAAGCGUAUGAUUGAUGUCUAUAACCAUGCUUAUAAUGAACAAUAUGGAUGUCAUUUCACUUCUGUUAUUCCUACCAACAUUUUUGGUCCUCAUGAUAACUAUGAACUUGAAGGCUCUCAUGUUUUACCCGGUUUAACUCACAAGUGUUAUCUUGCAAAAAAGAAUAAUACUCCAUUCGUUGUUAUGGGUAGUGGUAAGCCUCUUCGUCAAUUUAUCUAUUCUCGUGAUUUGGCAAAACUUUUUAUUUGGACUUUAAGAGAAUAUGAGGAAAUUGAUCCCAUUAUUUUAUCUGUUGGUGAGGAAGAUGAAGUUUCUAUCAAGGAUGUUGCUGAUUCUAUUGUUAAGGCUAUGGAUUUCAAAGGAGAAUAUUCCUUUGAUACCACCAAGGCAGACGGACAAUAUAAAAAGACAGCUAGCAAUGCCAAAUUAAUGAAAUAUCUUCCUGAUUUCAAAUUCACACCCUUUGAUGUUGCUAUCAAGGAAUCAGUUGAUUGGUUCGUAGAAAAUUAUGACACUUGUCGCAAAUAGAUAUAAGAAAGAGAAUUAAAUUAUAUAAUUAAAACUUGUUGUUUGUAUGAUUUGUUAAUUACAUAAUAAAAUAGUUUAUAAACUAUGCGCCUUUUAAAUAUAGACCUUUAC